UGUCUCCAAUUUUCCUUUUCCCCAUUCAUCUUUUCACCCAAAAUCCCCCCUCCAUAUCCAUCUUCCCUCUCCCCCCGCCCAACGCCGACUAAUCAAAACCCAACCUCCGAGCGCCGGUGACCACGCCGACCCAGCCUCCGGCGACCUCAGAUCUGGAAAAAAAAAAAAGAAACAGCCCCUGCUAUUAAGUUUCCAUCUCGGACAGCUGAAUCCAUGCAUUUAUUUGGUAUCUAACAUCUGCAAGCACCCUGGACUGGGCAGUAUAUAACAGGUCCUCCCCGCUCUUCCUCGUUCACAGAAAUUACCAGACUCUGAGAAAGCCAGAGUACCAGAGCCCAAUUUACAGAUGGACUUGUCACAAUCGGCCUUGAUUUCACAGUGCGAAGAUGAUUAUUCGCUGACACAUGAACAAUUUGAUGAUGUUGUGCCCUUGGAAAUGGACCCUCAAAAUGCUGGAAAUGAAACUGUAGCUGAUGUAGAGUUGACAGAGAGUGUGGACAAUUGCAGUACCGAGUUCAAGCUCAUAGAUGAAGUUGAAAAUGUUAAGGAACCUAAAGAAGCAAUGAUAUUUAGCUCCAUAGAGGAACUUAGUAAUUAUUAUAGGAGUUAUGCAAAGCAAGAGGGUUUUGAUGUGGUACGGAAGAAGCAAAAAAAGAAUGAAAGUGGGUAUGCACAUUACAUCAGUCUAGGAUGUUCUCGUCAAGGCAGCAGAAAAUCCAGCUCAAGUAAUAGCUUUUGCAAGCCUAGUCAAACAAUUAGAACGGGGUGUAAGGCCACUUUGAAUGCAAAGUUAGUUGGUACAAAGUGGUAUGUGACUAGUGUAUCUACUGACCAUAAUCAUGGUUUAAGCCCAGGCAAAGCGAGAUAUUUUAAAUGCCAGAAGAAUUUGGAUUCUGUUUCGAAGAGAAAGCUUGAGAUAAAUGAUAGAGCUGAAAUAAGUACGAAUAAGAUUUAUAACUCAUUAGCUGUUGAAGCGGGGGGGUGUGAGAGUCUUGCAUUUGGAGAAAAAGAUUGUAGUAAUUUUAUUGCGAAGUCAAUACAUCUUCGCCUUGGUACAGGAGGUGCUGCAGCACUUUGUGACUAUUUUAGUAGAAUGCAAAAAGUGAAUGAUGAUUUCUACUUUGAGAUGGAUUUGGAUGAUGAAUGUAGGUUGAGAAAUGUGUUUUGGGCUGAUGCACGAAGUAGGGCAUCAUAUGAAGAUUUCGGGGAUGUCGUUGCAUUUGACACGACAUACUUGACUAAUAGAUACGAAAUGCCAUUUGCUCUUUUUGUGGGAGUGAAUCAUCAUGGCCAGUCAAUACUUUUUAGUGCGGCAUUAAUCUCAAGUGAGGAUACAGCGACAUUUGUAUGGUUGUUUGAGGCAUUGUUGAAAUGCAUGAACGGCCGAUCGCCAAAGACAAUUAUAACAGAUCAAGAUGUGGCUAUGAAAAGUGCAAUUAAUAAAGUUUUCUCGAAUGCCCAACAUAGAUUUUGUUUAUGGCACAUAUUAAAAAAACUUCCAGAAAAAUUUGGAUCACAUUCACAGUACAAUGCCAUUAAGAGUGCCUUGCGAAGUUGUGUGUAUGAUUCUCAAACAUGUGAUGAGUUUGAUGCAAGUUGGAAAAGUCUAGUUGAGUGUUUUAAUUUGGAGGAUAAUGCAUGGCUGCAUGGUUUAUACAGUGAGCGGACUUUCUGGGUACCAGCAUAUUUGAAGGGUGUAUUUUGUGCUGGCAUGACUACCACACAACAGAGUGAGGAAAUGAAUACAUUUUUUUAUGGUUAUGUGCAUUCGUCGACCACAUUGAAGGAAUUUGUGGAUCAAUAUGAUAACGCUUUGCGUAAGAAGGUUGAGAAUGAAAAUGUUGCUGAUUUCGAUUCUUUUAAUGCCACGGUUUCAUGUGUAAGUAGGUUUUCCUUUGAGAAGCAAUUUCAAGAACUUUACACCAAUGAAAAGUUGAAAGAAGUCCAGGAGGAGAUUAGAGAGGUGCUGUAUUGUAGUCGCUCUCUUUUAAAAAGUGAAGGUGGAAUUAGCACCUAUCAAGUGACUGAACGGGUAGAAAUUAAUGGUGCCUACAUGAAAAAAGUAUGCUUUACUGUUUACUGUAAUGAACCUUCAUGUGAAGUGAAUUGCAGUUGUUGCCGGUUUGAAUCAAGAGGAAUUUUGUGCAGACAUGCCAUAUCUGUGCUGGUCACACUUGAUGAUGUUACAUUGUUGCCGAAAAAAUAUUUUCUAAACAGAUGGAGGAAGGACUUGAAGCGGCCAUAUAAGUUAAUAAAAAGUAGUUAUGAUCCCUUGAGUGGCAACCCUAGUGCAGAACGAUAUUCUGACCUAUGCAAAGAUAUGUUUGCGUUAGCCGCAAUCGCAGCACCAACUGUGGAUCAUUACACGGAAGUGAAAAGUCAUGUUUAUAUGCUAACUAAGAAAUUAAGUGGUCUAAGUUGUGAACAAAGUCCACAUUCCUAAUCACUCCCAGAUGCACUACUAUCGGUAAUUUGUCUAUUGAUUGUAUGGCGGUGGACGUGCAUAGUAUUUAAUGUUUUUUCUAACAUGCUUGAAUCUUUUAUUAAUUGAUGACUUUUCAAAGAUCGCUAGUAGAUGAACUGGACACAAGUGAAGAUUUGUUGCCUUUUGUAACUGAUAUUCAGCAUGACCAAGUUAUUGGAACUCAAAAUAGUGUAGUUAUACAAGUAUUGAAGGAAAAAAAUAAAAAUAAAGAGUUUCAUAGAUGUGUAUUUGAUUCUUAUAUGUUGACAAAUGAUUUUAUUUCCUAUAUGUUAAUCCUACGAAAUA